AUGCAUCUCUCCACAAUACUCGCCUCUGUGGUACUUACCAUUGCCAGUCUCACAACAGCCCAACCUCUCGAAGUACGACAAGCUCCAGAUCGAUUCUAUUUGCAGACUCAAGUGGUCCCUGGCAUCAACGACUGUGGCUCUAACAAGCAGGGGCUCUAUGUGUACUCAUACCACACCGGAGCUGGACUUGGUGUAGCGGCCGCGUCGGCUGAUUCGUCUGACGAUAGCUGGUUCUAUCUGAACGGUACACAACUCAUGUGGACAUAUGAAGGCAACACGAUCGGUCCAUGGCCCGUUGUCGUCUCGUCUUAUCCCUACCAAGCCUUCAACCCAAUCUCUAUCAGUAUCGCCGGUUCGGGCCCUCAGGAGGGUUAUUCCACGAACGGCACUGGUCUUCAGUCCACUGCGGCAGGAGGUGGUUGGAUUGCUUGUGACUGGUGGUUUACAGCACCCCAAAUCUUCGCCGUGACAGGCUAUCGUAACACACCACUGCCAACCUCUUGCUCGAAGGUCAACCUGAUUCUGGUACCCGUGGCAUAG